GGGGAAGAUUCAACAUGUAGACUUGAAUCAAAUGUUCAUAGGGGUACUAGAGGAGAUGGAUCCAGCAGCUCCAGGACCCCUAGAUCCUAGUGUCUUGACCAUGCAGCAUCAGCACAGGAGUACUCCUCUUUGGGAUGCCCAGGUGUCUGAUGCGGAAGCCCUGGGCACCAGGCAUCCAGAUUCCGUUCCAUGGGUGAUCGAUGAUAGGAUCAUCCCAUACUUAGAGCUAACGAGGUUAUACGACUUUCACCUUGUAGCAUACGGCAGAGUAGACCGUGCCAUUAUCACAGCACUGGUCGAGAGAUGGCGUCAGGAGACGCAUACAUUUCAUCUCCCUCUAGGUGAGGCUACCAUCACAUUGCUUGAUGUAGCCUAACGCGGCUUCCCAUAGAGGGACGUGCCGUGUGUACAGGCGAACACCAGCUAUCAGGCUGGCGUGACAUGGUGCAUCGCAUAUUGGGAGAGUGCCCUCCACCGGAAGUGAUCAGGGAGAGCGGUUUGCGAUGCACAUGGUUGGUUCAGACCUUCUCGCAUCUCCUCGGAGAUGCUGAUGAGGGCACCAUUUCGAGGUACGCCAAGACGUACCUCUUAUAUUUGAUAGGAGCUUUGUUGUUUGCCGAUAAAACAAACAACCAAAUACAGCUCCUGUACUUAACCUUACUUGACGACACGUGGGAGCGCAUCGACGAAUAUAGCUGGGGCUCAGCAGCCCUUGGAUACCUAUAUAGGAGACUAUGUGGUGCUGCCCAAAAGAACGUCAGGGAGAUUGCGGGGCCAAUAGUAAUAUUAAAGCUGUGGGCGUGGGAGCAUAUUCUUAUCGGCCAACCUUACAGAACCGUUGGUCGUGGUGAUACUGCUCCUCCACCGCAACCCGAACCAGAUAUUGCGUACGGUUCGAGGUGGAAUUUUGCGCGCCGGACGCGCAAGCACAUCGGCACCGGUCUCGAAUUCUACCGAGAUCAGUUAGACCUGCUACGACCCAACCAGUUUUUAUGGGACCCAUACCCUGCGGAAGCCUACGCAGCUGUACCCGAACACUCGGGGAUUCAUUCAGGGGCCUGCAGGGCUUUCGUGCCACUCAUAUGCUUCAACAUUGUCGAAGUACAUCUACCAGAGCGCGUAAUGCGCCAAUAUGGGUUGGUACAGGGCAUUCCACCGCCUUGUGACACUGAACCCCAGCUGCACCUAAUUUCGCGGAAAAAUCAGGCUGGGGCAAACUGGAUGGAGAUCAACUGGCGUUACAUCGCUCGUUGGGAUCGAAGAAAUGAGCUGCUGGCACAAGGUGCGCCAAUCGAUGUUCAUGGCGCACCUACUACGCCAGACUACAUGCCGUGGUUUCUCUCCAUCACGCGCCGAUGGAUGACACCACGUGCCAUCUUCGCAACAGCACAUUAAGCACCUGCUGCACCUACGAUGACCCAAUUUGCACAAGGUGCGGCAGACGUGAUGCGGUACAGCCAUGAGGAGCCGGUGAGGGAGAUUGCGCAUGGCAUGCUCGUCGGCUCGCAGUUCCAGCACUUCAUACCGGAAGUCGCUGCUGAGUCCUCAUCGACUACCGCCCAUACGCACGUCUCAUCUCCUGCUUAUGACUACCAUUUGGAGGAGAUGGACCAUUCAUACCCCGUUGACGCUGCGGGGACCUCGCAGGCUGGGCCAUCACAGCCAUCACAGCCAUCACAGUACCAGUCCCCUUCACUGCCAGAGCGACACCCGAACGCCUCUUACUAUCGUAGGAGGCGAAGGAGACCAACUCAAUUGGAUAGGGUAGAUGAGGGUCAUGAGUGUUAACGUUUAACUUUUGUGUAUUUGGAUCCACU